UCUACUAGCAGAGUGUUUAAAAUGCAUUGGGAUCCCAUACUGUAUCCUGAAAACAUUGAUGAAACUGUUCGGUAUUGAGGAUUUGUGAAGCAAGGUUUUUGCGAACAAGUUGUGAGCCGGGUCCAGCCACAACGGUUGACAAAACCAGGACAAGUGAUAUGGUGGGAGGAGGUACAGGCAGCUCUGUCAGGAGCACGGAAUUCGAAACAGUUCAAACGCGUUAGGGUCGGUACGGUGUCCUCCACGGCUAACAAGUAAAGUGCGCAGACUCAGGAUCCGUCCCAGAGCUGCAGUGACUUGUGAAGAAUGUCACCCAAAACUAUGGAACCAUUGGCAAGACGACUCUUUAGAGGAGUUUUAAUCGCAGAGGUCGCAGGAGUGUUUGGAGCAUACUGGCUGUUUCAAAGGCUGAAUACCAGUCAAGAGUUCAGACAUUCAGUAAAAAGAAAGUUUCCAUCCAUUUUGGAAGUUUAUUAUAAAUCCAAUGAGUGGGCAGGAAUCUAUGGAAUCAGAGAACAGGAUCAGGAAAUGUGGUCCAAAAAUAACCAGUAAAUAUUUUCUUGGCCUUGAAGUUCUUCUGCUUGCGCAGUGUCCGUGCAUCUUUGCCUCUGAUCCAAGCAUCACGAUCGGAUUCCCACUGUAGCUGUUUCAUACCUAGGGAAAUAACAUGUUGACAUUCUUUAGAGAGCCACCAUGUAAUUUCCAAGCGGAAAAUCUUCAAUAAAUAAAUUUUAUGUGGCUAGUAUCUAGCCAAUGGGAAGUUAUAGCUUGACUAUUCAAGAACAAGAUUUUUGUAACAUUAUACUGAAGGUUUAUAAAACUGAGAAUACAACUUUGGCCUAGGCAUACUAAAAAUCCCAAAUUACUAUGUACUUGGUGUAUGUGGGGAAAAAAAUUAAGCCUAUUAUAUCGACACCAGUUACUUACUUGCUUUAUCUUUGUUUGACAUUGCAUUUAUACCAAUAUUGUCAAACUUUGAUCCUGCGUUUUCAUCCAGCAGAUAACCAAACUGUUUAAACAAAAAUACUUACAUUUAGUUUUUGUCAAACCAUUACAAAAAAAUUACAUAUCAGAAAAUAACCUCUGCAGAAUUGGCACAUUUCUUUACCAUGCAUAUUUUGAUUUUUGAGUUCUGUAUAAAAAGAAUACUCAUCCUUCUUGGAAGACUGCCAAUUAGAAACCAGUAGAGCAAUUUGCAGAUGCAUACUAAGCCGGCACCCUGAAGUUGGCAUUUAAGUCUGACAAUAUAUUACUUCUCACCUCUUCUGCAGCAGCAAAGAUGUUGGUGCUUUCCUUAACACUCUUUUUCGGUUUCUUUCCUGAAACAGUACAUAUAAUUCAGUAAACUUAAAAGUAACCAAUCACUUAACAAAAGCUACUUUCAGCUACUGUUACAGAAACAGUCCAACGCAUCAACAAUUCACUUUUUUCCACUUUAAUUUGGACUGAAUGGAACUGAAAGAUGGUACAAAACAAUCUAGAUUUCCAUUCUAAUGCCAGGCCAAAGUAGUGGGAUGUACUACAUAAAUACAGUAAAAGAUGCAAAUCUUGAA